AAGGCACGUUAUGACCUUAUCGACAUGAACAUAAGAAGUCAACUACAUCCAAAAUUGCAUCCAACAAGGGGUAAAUGUUAUUUACCUAGAGCUUGUUACCAAAUGACUUCAAAAGAGAAGGAAACAUUUUUGGAAGUGCUUAAAGAAAUAAAAGCUUCAGAUGAAUAUACAUCCAAUAUUUCAAGAUGUGUGCAAGUGAAGCAACACAAAAUAAUUGGUCUCAAAAGUCAUGAUUGUCAUCUUUUAAUGCAAGAGUUUCUCCCUAUAGCUAUAAAAGGUCGUUUACCUGACAAAGUGGGUUUAGUUAUAUCCGAUUUUUGUCAUUUUUUCAAAGAAAUAUGUGGCAAGGUGCUUAGUGUGCAUAAGUUAGAGUGUUUAGAGCAUCAAAUAGCUAAGACAUUGUGCCAAUUAGAAAAGAUAUUUCCUCCAUCUUUUUUCACGGUAAUGGUACAUCUUGUUAUCCAUUUGGCAUAUGAAGCAAAAGUUGGAGGCCCGGUACAUUACCGAUGGAUGUAUCCAAUUGAGAGGUUUCUCCUUACUCUAAAGUCUUUUGUUCGUAAUCGAGCACAUCUAGAGGGAUCAAUUGCAGAGGGAUAUUUAGCUCAUGAAUGCCUAUUAUUUUGUUCACAGUAUCUCUCUGGAGUAGAAACUGCUUUUAAUCGGCCUAGGAGAAAUGGUGAUGGCAUUGAUUCAUUUUUUAUGGAGAAUACAAGUCUUGUUCAUAAAGGUAGACCACUUGGGAGAAAAAGUAAAGUUGGAUUCAAUAUAAAGAAAAGAAAAUGAGUUUCUAGGGUGUCACUUGAUGAGACAACAUUGCUACAAACACAUAUAUGUUCUUUUUAAUAGCGAAAGUAUGGAUCCUUUUAAAAAGUAAGAAAUUUUCUUUUCCAUUCAUAUUUGAUUAUUUAAAUUUUCUUUGGUGCCUUACUAUAUUAAUAUUUAAUAUUUUUUUACUUUUUCUUUUCAUAGAGAACACCUUGACCUUAUUAGGAGACAAAAUCGUCGAUCGUCACCAUAUGAAAUUGACAAAAUUCAUAGUUGUUCAUUUCCUAAUUGGUUUCAUGAACGAGUAAGUGUUAGGGACAAUUAAAUUCCAUUGUUAAAUUUUGUAAUCAAAUAAAAGUUUGCAAUCUUUUAAAAUAAAUUUUUGUGACUUAUAGGUUGCAUGUUUGGAGGAGCAAUCUAGUACACUAGUAACAGAGGAUA